GCUUAGAGGAGCGCUUGGCUCCCCACGGGCGGUCCGUGGGUGGGAUCGGGCCCUCAGAGCGUUUGGGAUUUGCACUCUUUCUCAUUUUGAAGAUCCGAGGUCGGCGCCAGGAGAUUUCAAACGUGAGGCUGAGUUCUCCUGGUUUCCCGGUUCUGCGGCGGAAAUCUUCGGGGAAGCGUGGAAGGAAGGGAAGGGCGUGCGCGUCUUGACCGGCCCCUUCCGUCACUGCGUGGUCUUGGGAUUCCGCCUUGCGCUGCUGUGUGGAAGCAUUCUUGCACAUCUGGCCGCAGCUGUAUUUGUUAAUACAAGUGGAAACUGAUGCAUGCGGGGGAGGGGGCGGGGCAAAGAUCUUCUACCCACUUUCCAAGGGCCCCAAAGACCUCGCAGAACGACCUAGUGCCUAGACACGUGUUCAGCGGAGAAGGGCUUGAAUAUUGGAGCAGAGAGUGGGAACUCCGACCAUUUUAAGGGAUUCAUGUAUAUUUACAAAAAUGAUUGUUGACCACCAUCCAACACUGGCAGCGUGGAAUUCGUGAGCGUCUCUCGCCUUUCUGCUGCACCAACAUGUUCUCCAGUUGGUUAACUCCGCUGCACAGGGGUUUAGCCACACCCAACGGAAAGAUCGUCCAGCUGAUCUGGGGGUCUCUCCCCAGAAGUCUGACACUGAGUUCACAGCGGAGAGUUCCAGAACUCAGUAGUUUUGUCACCCGGACCAACACGUGUGGAGAGUUGCGUUCUUCUCACUUAGGCCAGGAAGUCACCUUGUGUGGAUGGAUUCAGUACCGAAGGCAAAACAUCUUCCUGGUCCUGAGAGAUUUCCAGGGACUUGUUCAAGUUGUCAUUCCCCAGGAUGAGUCAGCUGCUUCCGUGAAGAAGAUUUUAUGCGAAGCCCCCGUGGAAUCUGUGGUGCAAGUGUCUGGGACAGUCAUUCCCCGGCCUCCAGGACAAGAGAACCCAAAAAUGCCAACUGGUGAGAUUGAAAUCCAGGUUAAAACAGCUGAACUUCUGAAUUCCUGCAAGAAGCUGCCCUUUGAAAUUAAGGACUUCGUGAAGAAAACAGAGGCCCUUCGUUUGCAGUACCGCUACCUGGACUUGCGCAGUUUCCAAAUGCAGUACAACCUGCGGCUGAGGUCCCAGAUGGUCAUGAAAAUGAGGGAGUAUCUCUGUAACCUACAUGGGUUUGUGGACGUAGAAACACCGACCUUGUUUAAGAGGACUCCAGGGGGUGCAAAAGAGUUUGUAAUCCCAUCCAGGGAGCCUGGAAAGUUCUAUUCUCUCCCUCAGAGUCCACAACAGUUUAAGCAGCUCCUGAUGGUUGGUGGUUUAGACAGAUAUUUUCAGGUUGCCAGAUGUUACCGAGAUGAAGGUUCGCGACCUGACAGGCAGCCCGAGUUUACUCAGAUUGACAUAGAGAUGUCUUUUGUAGACCAGACUGGGGUCCGGAGUCUAAUUGAGGGUCUGCUCCAGUAUUCCUGGCCCAAAGACAAAGGUCCUGUGGAGGCCCCUUUCCCUUCCAUGACUUUUGCGGAGGCCCUGGCCAGCUACGGAACGGAUAAACCCGACACUCGCUUUGGGAUGAAGAUUGUAGAUGUCAGCGAUGUGUUCAGAAACACAGAGGUUAGAUUUCUCCAAGAUGCACUUAGUAAACCCCAAGGAGCCGUCAAAGCCAUAUGCAUCCCUCAAGGAGCAAAAUACUUAAAAAGGAAAGACAUCGAGUCAAUUAGAAAAUUUGCAGCUGACCAUUUUGAUCAGGAAGUCUUACCUGUGUUCCUGAAAGCCGGUCAGAGCUGGAACACUCCAGCUGCCAAGCUCGUGAUGGAGGAACAGGGAGGGGGACUCUCGGGACGACUGGCGGCCGGGGCGGAGGACGUGGCCCUGCUCGCUGCCGGGGAGCACAGGAGAGCAUGCUCUUUGCUGGGAAAGUUACGCCUGGAAUGUGCCGACCUGCUAGAAGCAAGAGGAAUGGUGCUCCGUGACCCAGCCCUGUUCUCAUUCCUCUGGGUGGUGGACUUCCCACUGUUCCUUCCCAAGGAAGACCAUCCCGGAGAACUGGAGUCCGCCCACCACCCGUUCACAGCUCCCCAUCCCAGCGACGUCCACCUGUUAUACACUGAGCCCGAAAAGGUCCGUGGCCAGCACUAUGACUUGGUUUUAAAUGGCAACGAGAUAGGAGGUGGUUCCAUCCGAAUUCACGAUGCUCAGCUCCAGCGCUACAUCCUGGAAACGCUACUGAAGGAAGAUGUGACAUUGCUCUCCCAUCUGCUCCAGGCUUUAGACUCCGGGGCGCCCCCUCAUGGAGGAAUCGCCUUAGGGUUAGACAGACUGAUAUGCCUCGUCACUGGUGCGCCGAGCAUCAGAGACGUCAUAGCCUUCCCAAAAUCCUUCCGGGGGCACGACCUCAUGAGCAGUGCCCCAGACUUCAUCCCUCCUGAGGACCUGAAGCCGUACCAUGUCCAGGUCUCCUGGCCGACAGACUCAGAAGCAGAGAACUCGCUGAAUCAUCCACACCGUCCAGAAAGUUGAGCUUUGGAUUUCAUCCUCUUUGCUCCCUCGAGGCUAAAAUCACAUCUGAGUUCGGCCGCAGAUCUGACCCAUCUUUAGGUGGAAGGACUCCAGGCUACAUUCUUCACCACAGAAAAGAGUCAGAAGGUAGCCAAUCUUGGCUUGAUAACAUGCAUUAUUAGGGCUUUUUUUGAAGUUUUCUUUUUUACUUGGAGAGGUGUGAAAGAAGGCUCUUUGUUGGAUAAUAUAAUGGCUGUUUCCUAAUCAUGUUAUUCAUACCCAGAUAGUACACUGUUCACUUAGGACAGAAGUAAUCAAAAUCGUGUGGAAUGUGAGAAAUAUUUGCCGCUUUAGACUGGUGAGUUGAUGGAGGAGUUGGUUUAACCAGUGUCGUCAAGAGAAUCCUAUCAGUUGAGCUGGACUGUAGUAUUUCAACUAUCAAUAUAAAAGAGGGAAAAGCAACAUGAUGCAACACAAAAUGUCCCUGAAAUGAAACCCACAGAACCUUAGUCACUGCUUCACCUUGAGGAAGCUGCGUAAGUCUCUCGGCCUCCCUCCUGCUUAUGGGAAGUGCACACGGUGCCCGCCCUGGCACCGCACCUGGCCACGUCAGAGGGGCUCAUCUGUGCGGAAGACCAUGCAGGUGAGAACGCUUUGGACAACUGUAAGGCGGGACACAAAUGUAAGACUCCGCCCAUCUGGAAACAGAUACAGGUGUACCUCUGUGAUUUUGUAAGUUAAGGUUAAACAAAACUGACUGUAGUGAAAGAAAAACAGUAAAUUUAUUAAUCAAUAUUGUUUAUAUUUGUUUUUUAAAAUAACUAAUUCCUAAAUAAUUUUCUCUCAAUUUUAUUGAAACUAUUGAUCUUAGGCCAACCUCAGAAGUAUAGAAAGACGAACACUGAAACUCAUUGUGAUUUUUUUAUGUGAUCUGUUGACACAAAUAAUAAGCUUGUAACUAAUAA